GUUGUAAAAAUUAGGGAUAAGGAAAAAAAAAAUAAAAAAAUUCCGUUCUCGUCUGAUUUCUUUCUCAGUUUUCUUUUAACGUUUGGUUUCGUCUCUAAUUCGUUAUCUUCCCUUCCCUAGGAAAAAAAAAAUCAGGAAAAAUACUGAAUCAAGCUGUGUCGUAGAAGUCUAUAUAGAUCAGACGAUAAUCGAAUCCAAAGACCUAAUCUUUUUUUUUUAUUGGUUGGUUGGUCUGACUCUGAUUUCGUCGGUCUCUUUGUUCUUUUCGCCUUUUUUUUUUUUUUGUAUAUUCUGUAACCUGAUCUGAAGCUUUUGUCAGAGAAGUUUGUCAGAUGACGAUGUUGGUCAAUGGGUAAUUUUUAGUUUUGGGUAAAGGCAGAAACUUUAAGGUCGAAAUCGAUUCAGCGAUUUGAUGUUGAUUUUGGUGAUUUGAUUGAGGGAUAAUUGAAGGGUUUCUUAGUGGAAUUAAAUUGGGGAUCUUUGAAUUCGAUCAGGCUUAUAGAGAGCUAGGGAACAGGAAUUGAGAUCUGGGGUCAACUUUGGUUUUUUUUCUUGGGGUUAGUGUUUAAGAGAUCCAAGAAAGAAGGAGACUUGUUGUGAUUUUUGGAGAACGAUGGAUCGUGUUGUUGGUGGCAAGUAUAAGCUUGGACGUAAACUUGGAAGUGGAUCAUUUGGUGAACUUUUUCUAGGGGUGAAUGUGCAAACUGGUGAAGAAGUGGCUGUGAAGCUUGAACCUGCGCGGGCUAGGCAUCCUCAACUUCAUUAUGAGUCAAAGCUCUAUAUGCUUCUUCAAGGAGGAACUGGGAUUCCGCACCUAAAAUGGUAUGGGGUUGAGGGUGAAUUCAACUGCAUGGUGAUUGACCUUUUGGGUCCGAGCAUGGAGGAUUUAUUUAAUUAUUGCAGUCGGAGGUUCAAUCUAAAGACAGUUCUAAUGCUCGCAGAUCAGAUGAUAAAUAGAGUUGAGUAUAUGCAUGUCCGGGGAUUUCUUCAUCGUGACAUUAAACCAGAUAACUUUUUGAUGGGUCUUGGACGCAAAGCAAACCAGGUCUACAUCAUUGACUACGGACUUGCGAAAAAGUACAGAGAUCUUCAAACUCAUAGGCACAUUCCCUACAGGGAAAACAAGAAUCUAACUGGAACAGCUAGAUAUGCAAGUGUUAAUACUCAUCUUGGAAUUGAGCAAAGUAGGAGGGACGAUCUGGAAUCUCUUGGUUACGUACUUAUGUAUUUUCUUCGAGGAAGUCUUCCUUGGCAAGGCCUUCGUGCGGGUACCAAAAAGCAGAAGUAUGACAAGAUCAGUGAAAAGAAAAGGCUUACACCUGUAGAGGUUCUCUGUAAAUCCUUUCCACCUGAGUUCACAUCAUACUUCCUCUAUGUACGAUCAUUGCGGUUUGAAGACAAACCAGAUUAUCCAUACCUAAAGAGGCUAUUUAGGGAUCUCUUCAUUCGAGAAGGUUAUCAGUUUGAUUAUGUAUUUGAUUGGACAAUCUUGAAGUAUCCACAGUUCAGUUCCGGCUCCAGCUCGAGCUCCAAACCAAGAUCAAGCCUGAGACCAGCUUUGAAUCCUCCAGUACCAACUGCCGAAAGACCAGAUAGACCUUCAGCUGGAGCUGGGAACGACAGUCGUGAUAGAUUUUCGGGUGCCUUAGAGGCAUAUGCCAGAAGAAAUGGCUCAGGAAGUGGCGCGGUUCAAACUGAUCGAUCUAGACCAAGAACCUCAGAGAAUGUAUUAGCAUCAUCAAAGGAUACAACACCGCAAAACUAUAAGAGAGUAGAAAGACCAAUCUCUUCAACAAGACACGCAAGUUCUUCAAGAAAAGCUGUUGUCUCGAGCGUUCGAGCCACUUCUUCAGCUGAUUUCACAGAGAACCGCUCGAGCAGAGUCAUCCCAAGCAAUGGCCGUUCCUCAACAGCUCAAAGGACUCAGCUUGUUCCUGACCCGACCUCUAGACCAUCGUCUUCUUCUAUUGCCCGAGCUGCGCCGUCGAGGACUGCUCGUGAUAUCACGCUCCAAAGCUUUGAGCUACUCACCAUAGGGAAUGGGAAGAGGAAGUGAGAGGCUUUACGGUGGUGAGUGAGUGGAGGAAACUGUGACAUGUUCUGAAUACUUUGCUUUUAUCUCGCAAAAUUAUCGGUUUCCUAAUUUAAGGAAUAAAUCGAACAUCAUUUGAUUACAAGUUAUAUGUGAUAAAUAUAUAUGGUUUUAACUCGUUAAUCUCUUAGCUAAUGUUUUUAAA